CUAUGUACGGUGACACUGAAAUUAGGUCACAUGAUAUUCACCUGACGAGUUUUUCUGUGUUUGAUGAGAAUUUUCUGAGCUUUGCCAAAAAUUUACGUACAACUAAACCAAAAGUCGGCAAAAUGAAAAUCUGUGGUCCAAAAUUAUCCCUUUGUGGUUUGAUUAUCUCCGUUUGGGGAAUUGUUCAACUGGUGCUGAUGGGGCUGUUUUUCUACAUUAAUAGUGUUGCCCUUAUUGAGGAUUUGCCCCUAGAUGAGGAGUACCAUUCUCUGGAAGAUUUUUAUGCAGCUGCGAAUAGAGCGUACAAUCAGAACGCCUACAACUGCUGGAUCGCAGCAUGCAUUUAUGUUUUGACAUUGUUGCUUUCUGCACAACAAUUCUACAUGAACAGCAGAGUAACUGCCAAUUAAAUAUUUCAAUUUUAGAUUUCUAACUGCUUCUCGUACUCAGUUGUCAAUAUAUAAUGUACUGGUGUAUUCAUCAAAGCUUGCACUAAAAGAAAAGUAUUGAAAUGUUCAGUUGAAGAUAUUUGUUAAACCCUUUAUUUUAAUUGUAUAAUAUUUCCUUACGUGAUGUCAUUGAAGUAUAAUUUGAAUCAUAUGUUGUAAUCUUUCCACAACACACCCUAUAUAUACAGUAUGCGCAUGUAAUAUAUUUGUUUUUGUUCAUAAAAUACAUUCCGUCUUGGUUUAAUUACUGCCAAAUAUCUGCAGUAAAGUUGA